AUGCGCUCGCAGCACCACUCUACCGUCACAAUCCCCAUUCCUCGCCACAUUCCGCCCCAGGUCCUUCUCGACUACCUACAGACAUAUGAACCUGUCCUUCGCCACAACCCUGGCAUGGUGUCAUGGGCCCCUUCAACCUUGAACUACGAGACUGUCAUCCACGACACAUUCUUUGACGCUUCGGAUCCCAACCAAAGCCUUCGCUGCUUUGAAGCCUAUGAGAUCAUCAGGCUUGGCCCAGGAGUGGGGAGGGAUUGCAGAUGGCCCAUCAUCUUCCAGAGAGUACCAAAUGGUAUUGUGUCAAGGGCUGAUGCGCCUGCAAAGGUCAUCAGCUGGACGCAGUGGUAUGUGAGAGCACGGCAGAAUGAACAGGAGUCCACCAGCAUCAGCACCCCCAGCACGGCAACGCCGUCGAGCAACGGGGAUGAAGAGUGGGAGCUGUAUGGAAUUGUGACGCUUGAGGCCCAUCGAAUGUUGAUCCCUUGGUGUAGACGAAAUACCACCCUCUAUCAGGAGGCAAUUGGACAGGGAAUAGUGAAUGAUGUCUGUUUAAAACAUGCUGCCGCGUCAGGAGUAACAUCAUGA